GAAGAUAUAAGAUUGUUGUGAGGAAUUAGACAAUCACAUCAGAGAAUUUAAAAAUAAUAACAUUACAUUUUUUUAAAUUGUCAAUUGUGCGUAGACAAAUUCCUACGAUAUGUCUGACACUGAAGGCUAUGAAAAGUUUGUGCGACUGUCCAUGUGGAAGUAAUGUCACAAGCAUCAUUUCUUCAGAAUGCUUUUUUGUAUAAUUUAAUUAUACGCAAUUGCCGUACAAAUGCUACUCGCUUUUUUCCUCACAAGGAUAUCAGGACGCACGCGUUUCGAUCGUGUCGGAUCGGAUUUAGCGCAGUUACAGUACUCACAGUACGUGUUUUUAUAGUCAGACAGAUGACCAGUCAAGUGAUAAAGCGAGCAACACCUACGUAUCAGACACGUGCGUACGCGGGGGCAUUCACGCCGCGGCCACGUGUUGCGCGUCUGCUAUGCGAGCAGAUUCCUCCUUGGUUGCGUGCAUUUUCUUAAAAAAAGAAAAAAAUUUCACGUGUACUUCGUGUGAACGAAUUGUAUAACCAAUGCACACCUGAUUCGGCCGCUCGACCUUUCCUCUAAUCGAAGCACGUAGCGCGGUACGUGCCUGUUCGGCGUCUCUCGAUCUUCACUUUAUUACCUUACUAUCGCGUAAUAUUUUAUGUAAUAUUCCACGACGAUAUUGCCGAGUUUAUUGUGCGACCGAGUUUAUUUUUUGCGACUGAUAUUUCGAGCGAAAGGAAAGAAACUGCAAGAAUAGAAAGGAAAACGGUAUUUAUAAGCACUUUUGCACGUUUCGUCGCUCACUUAUCAUCCCCCGUUGCACGCAAAUGAGCCGGUAUCUCGCGUUAAUGUCACGUUUGAUUGACGCUUCUGUGAUAGGUCUGCUCCGAUUGCCGGAGAGACGAAGGUCGAAAAUCGAGGAAUCGCGGACGGUGCACUCGACGCGACGGAAUCCCGCCCGUCGUCGCUCGCGUUUAUGAAACGCGCACGUUAAUCACAGCAAUUGAUCGCCAAUGGAAACCUCGAGCUCGGGCCAAUCUACUGGUGCACUAACACAAUGUACAUAACACGGCGAUGUUAACGACGCAUGUUUCGCGACGGAUCUACGUCGGAGGACGGUCGCCGAAGUAACUUCGAUCGUCGAUAUGAGAAAUAUUUACGGUCACGCGAUAAUUGCCGAUGAGCGAUGAGUACGUCGCCGGCGAUUAUGAGGCACUUAUAAGGCGAUUGACUGCUCCCAGUGCGUUAGUCCACGAUCGAACGUCGACGCGUCGACGUCUUCUUUCUCUUUUAUAAUUCGCGUGUCGUAUUGUGCAUAACACCGUGCGAUAUCUUCGAAUUAAAUUUCACGCGUCUACGGAGUUCCUUUACACUUUUUUCGCAAUUUCGCUGAGACGUCGUCGCUAUUGCUGCAUCAGAACAACGGCCGAUCUCGCGGUAAAUUGCGCUUGUCACACAAAGAGACAAGGAGAGAAAUAGGAAACGAAAAAUAAUUGAAGAUAAAAGUGAAAAGUCUUUUUUUUUUUAUAUAUAUACAUUAAGUACAGUUUAGAGAAUCGCGCUUUCUCCUGCGUGACUCGCGAGACUUUCGUUAAACUGGUACGUGGUGCGUCUAUAGCGGAUUUCGCGGACGGGAAAUCUGCGGGAACGAAGGUCUGUCUUCCGGUCGCGCGCGCAAAGUUUCGAGGAAACUGGGUGCUCCUGUGGAAGAAAGUUGAGUGUGUGCACUUUUACAUUGUACGACAUUUCGAACGAUAUUCAAAUCGAACUGCGUGCCGCGAGGAAAGUUCGUUUUCGCUGCCGCUCCGCGCAUCGUUGCACCUGUUUGCGUGUGUGCGUCAAGGUUGAGGACGCAGCGGAAAGAAAUCGAAGGUUGCACGGAGAGAUGCGGCCUCGCUGUUGGAGCUGAGACCGCCCCGUCGGCUGCGAAAGUUCGUGGGCCCGCAUCCGAAACCGAUUACGAAAAAGUAAGGAUCAUUCGUGUCAGGAUCAUCAUCCGCGCGCGCGUCAUCCCCCUCGUAUCCCUCGCUGCGAAAAAGCGAAACACGAGAGACACUGUCGAAUUGAGCCGGCUCUAAAGAAACAAAAAAAAAAACAGAAAAUAAUCAUAUAACGGAGGAACAAAGCGGGGAAGAAACGUUUAAAGAAGAAAGCAGAGUCUCUAGAUCAAGAGUGAAAGAGGAGGAGAGAGAAGGAAAAGCGAGAGAAACGUUUUGAAAUAAAAAAAGAAAACGCGCACAUCGGCUUUUCGAUUCUCGGUAAAAAGCAAGGAGAAAGACUUUUGUUAAAAUCUGACUUUCGGUACACGCGUUGCUGGUUUUUUUUUCUCAUUUUUAUUUCGCACUAUUUUAUCAAAAAAGAAAAAAAACGAAAACCUCGAGAGAAAGAGUGAUGCACCCGUGCUUCUUCGCGCGUGCUUGUGUAACGUAAAACCGGAUCGCGAUAUAUUCGGCCGACACGGCAGUAAGAGAGACAAAAGGAAAAAGAAAAGGUAGAUCGCACACGUACGUAUAAUAGUACGAAACCGAGAAAAAGAGAGAGAAAGAGAGAGAAAGAGCGAAAAAAAUGGCCAUGGUUCCAGCAUGCUCCGUUUUGAUGUUACGUCCUCUGGUGCACGCUGCGCUCUUCACGUUCCUCAUCGUUCUUCCGAGCACCGUUAUCGCGGAUAACACGGGCACGACGAAACCGCCCCCGUGCUCAAGUGAGGUAUACUGCCACGGCGAUCUGCUGCACACGGUACAAAUGGCCGGCAUAUACAAGGACUCCAAGAGCUUCGUCGACAUGAAGAUGAAGCGGCCGCCGAACGAGACGCUGGCGUCGUUCCGGGCCUUCAUGAGGAAUGUGAACGACAGGCCGAGUAAGCAACAGGUGGAGAAGUUCGUCAACGACACGUUCGAGCCACCGGGCUACGAGUUCGAGGACUGGGAUCCUGAAGACUGGGUACCUAGUCCCAAGUUCCUGCAAAACAUCGAGGACGACGAGCUGCGGAAGUUUGGCUCCGAUCUCAAUCAUAUCUGGAAAUUGCUAGGCAGAAAGAUGCGGAACGAUGUGAAGAUCAACGAGCAUCUCUACUCGAUCAUCUACGUGCCGAAUCCGGUGAUCGUACCUGGCGGACGAUUCCGCGAGUUCUAUUACUGGGAUUCGUAUUGGAUCAUCAAGGGCCUGUUACUAUCCGAGAUGUACAACACCGUUAAGGGCAUGUUGAACAAUUUCGUCUCGAUAGUAGAUAAGAUCGGUAUAAUACCGAACGGCGGUAGGGUGUACUACAUGAUGCGUUCGCAUCCGCCGCUGUUGAUCCCCAUGGUGGACGAAUACCUGAAGACCACCAACGACGACGUCUGGCUGAAGAACAACUUCUGGCUGCUGGAAAAGGAGUUUGAUUUCUGGAUGACCAACCGAACUGUGGAUAUCGAGAAGGACGGGAUCAACUACACGCUCGCCAGGUACUACGAGGAGUCGUCGGGUCCCCGACCGGAAUCCUACAAGGAGGAUUACUUGACGAGCCAAAGUUUUCGGACCGCCGAAGAGAAGGACAAUUAUUAUUCCGAAUUGAAAACGGCGGCCGAAUCCGGAUGGGAUUUUUCCAGUCGAUGGUUCGUAAACGAGGGUACCAACAAGGGUAAUCUGACAAAUCUCAAGACCAGAUCUAUAAUUCCGGUCGAUCUGAAUACCUUAAUACACCGAAACGCCGUGCUGCUGGCGCAGUACAGUCGUCAGAUGGGUAACGAGACGAAGGCCGCGUAUUACGACGACUUGGCCGAGAAAUGGAAGGAGGCGAUCAGGAUGGUGCUGUGGCACGAGGAGGUGGGCGCCUGGUUGGACUACGAUAUGCUGAACGACAUCAAGCGGGACUACUUCUAUCCGACUAACAUUCUGCCGCUCUGGACGGACUGCUACGACACCUCGAAGAGAACCGAAUACGUGUCGAAGGUGCUCAAGUACCUCGAAAAGAAUCAGAUCAUGUUGAAUCAGGGAGGCAUACCGACGACGUUGGAACACUCCGGUGAACAAUGGGACUAUCCCAAUGCUUGGCCGCCUCUUCAGUAUUUCUUCAUCAUGUCGUUGAACAAUACGGGCGAUCCAUGGGCGGAGCGAUUGGCCUACGAGAUCAGCCAGAGAUGGGUCCGUAGCAACUAUAAGGCUUUCAACGAGACGCACAGCAUGUACGAAAAGUACGACGCAACCGUUUCGGGUGGCCAUGGUACUGGAGGUGAAUACGAGGUACAACUUGGUUUCGGCUGGUCGAAUGGGCUCGUUAUGUUUUUACUGGAUAAGUAUGGUGAUAAAUUGACAGCAGAAGAUUAUUUCUCACCAGACACCGUGGUCGAAAAUGCGGCGUCACCGCCGGUCGUUUCGACAGCUGGCCAAAUGUUGACCGGAGUUUUAGCCCUCAUCAUAUCGUUAGCAGCAGGAUUUAUAGGGAUGGUUAUGUACAAGAGGCGGCAUUAUUACGCGCCCGGUCCGUCGACGGUAAAUAAGAGGAAUAUACUGUCGAGUGGUAGCGACCUGUACCGGAAGCGAAUCGCGUACACCGAGUUGAAGGACAUGAACAAUGAUUGAUGAUCACUCAUUAUUUAGACCGAAUAUCGAUUUGUUACAUGGCUAGUGAAAGCAAAAGUACGCGCACCUAUGUAGGAGAAAAAGAAGAAGAAGAAGAAGAAGAAUAGCUGACAGGAAGCACUAAGAUGAAGUCGGAACGAUGAAGAAAUCGUUCCUAAACGCCGGUACAGACAAAUAUACUCGCAAGAGGAGAAAAACUGCUGCGCAGAAUAUUAAACGCAGAUGGAGGAGUAUCUAUAAUACUAGCGAAAGAAUGAUGCGUUCGAGGAUGGAAUGGCAUGACACCACUUCAGCAAGGUCUUCCAGCUUGCGAAACCGAACAGCGACAGGAUUGACGAUCGUGCAGGAUUCCGGAGCCAUACGACCUGAGAGUUUGCUUGAUUCUGGUUCUGUUUGGCUCUGAAGAAGAGAAAUGAAAAGUGGAGAUAAGGAAGAAGCAGGAAUAGAUUUAUAUAUAGUGUAAAAAUUAGGAUAAAAUGAGAGUGUGCGUAUUUGUAUGUGUGCGUUGUGUAGACGUUAUUAAACGAUGUACUCCAGCAAUAGCUGGACUUAGUCUCAAUGAAAUAUUAGACAAAAGAGUGUAUAAUGGAGUGUAUAAGAGUUUUGUAAAUUAUUUAUUGAAGAUAGAAGGUACAAUCGUGCAGGAGCUCACACGUCUUUUAGAGCAAGAUUCAUUUAAAGGAAGACAAGACUUGUGAACACGUUAUUGGUCUCGAUGACUGGGUGUUUUCCGGGCUAAUUUUAAGAGUAACUUUAAGGAUAAUUUUUCACGAAUGUGAAGCUGAUAUACUAAACGACCAUUAAAGCAUAAAGCUAAACUUUACGGUGCCAUCCAAAAGAAUAACUGUAUGUACGAAAAUUAAUUCUGCACAAAUACAUAAACCCAAGUAACUUUUUUUUCGCAGCGUGAGAAAGUGCGUGUGUUUUUACGAGUAUCAGAGUUAUGACUCAUAAGAGCUGAUUUUAUAAUGAGGAAUUUUAUAACGGAUCGAUUGAUAAAAAAAACAGUGGUAAAAACGAAGACCGAUGGACUCUGCUAUUUACGGAUAACUGAUGCUUGCGUGUAAGUCUGUGAGAAUGCAUACAGUUUAUAGAAUGCUACGUUACGUAUAGCAGGAAAUCACAAAAUUAUAAGUAUAAAUAAGUAUGUAUAAUGAGUGUAUGUAUAUAUAAUUAUUAUAUAUAUAAUAUUUAUAUAUAUAUUAUAUAUAUGAAAUUAUAUAAUUAUAUAUAUAAUUAGAUAAAUGUAGAUAGUGAAUAAUUGACGAUGCUACAGAUAAAUUAUUGAGAAUGUUGUAUUUUUGCUGAUAUUUUUAUACGUGAGCGAACACGUUUAUCUCGCAUUACUAGCGAUCGAUCCACGAGGGCGUUCGUUGGUCAAAAACCCAUGCGUCGUGCACGACAAUCAUAUAUUUAUAUCUUUAGUCAUCCGCGAUUGGAAAGACUUCGCGUCGUGUAAAAGGUCAAAAGUUCCUUUGCCAAUCUUAUGACAGAGCUUUCACGCGCUCAAUUAGUUUUAUUUGCUAGCUGUAGCAACCAACGUAACUCCAUGAUUUCUCGUGGUAUUUAUUAUAUUUCGUUUAACAUAAAGUAAUUUUGCUAAGUAGAAUUAUUCUAGGAUCGUUAAAAGAGUCUAGAAAUGUACAUUUUGCUGCGUCUGUGGGUAAUUUUGCUCUCUCGUUACGGUAUUGUUAAGCGAACGCGAUGAUUCAAAAUGAUAAUUUUCACACGACGGUAGGGCGUUUCUCGAUGACGUCGCAGAUAUUGCGGUUUCAAAUGUACAGAUGAGUAUUAGAUGAUGAAUACAAAUCUUGUUUCUGCGUCACUGUGUGAUACGAAAGUACCUGGUGUUUUCUUGCGACGUGUUCGAGAAAGCCUCUGACAAAUUGUACGGGACUUCUCAAUUGCGAAUGUCUCACAGAUUACGACCUAAGUUAAUUGUACAUAAUUAUAUCGUAGGUAGGGAGAAAAACAUGUGGGAGGAUAUUUGAUUAUAAUGUCUCGUGUAGUAGUCGUAAGAAAAUUUCGACCUAUUGAGAAAUAUACAUCUCUUCCGCUUCUUUUAUGUAUUCUUUUUACAUUAUUUAGAAAUUACGUCAAGGAAUAAUUAAUUGUAUUAUUUAUAUAUAAAUAGAUUUAUAUAUAAAUAGAUAGAGCCCGUUAGAUUCUUCAGAUUAUGAAUUGCCGUACACGACGCAUUUCACUGAGCGCCCGGGGCAAACAAAACGGACAAUUAAACGAAGGUGCAGUCGAUUUAAUUGCCGCUGAUAGAGCGAUCUUUCGAAAAAAAAUAUCGCCGAUCUCGUUAUAUCAUAAAUAGAAUGUUUGGCGCCGCGCUUGCUACGAUCCUUGCUCUUGUUGCCGUCUGUUUAUUUUUAGACUAUUGCGGUCGCAUGGAUCACGCAGCACAUAGUGCCAAGAGACAAAUCGGCGAAUGUAGGAUGAAUAAUAUUACGUAAGCAAAUUAAUCGUCGAAAAUACUCUAAAUCGUUCAGCCGCAAAAUCUAGGUUUUAAUUUAUUAUUGAUACACAUCCUUAUAUAUAGUCUAUCCGAACGUAUCGAAAUCUCUUGAUCUCGAACGGAUCUUCGUUUAAAUAGCAAUGACAAUGAAAAAAAAAAAAAAGUAAUUAGAGAAAGACAUUAUGGAACAUUAGAGUGUAUUGUUUUUUAUCACAAAUAUAUUUGCUCUGUAAAUAGUUCCUUUCUGUCUUUUUCGGAUAUAUAAUUAGAACUCUUACUAUUCUAAUCCCGCAGUCUUUUGCAUCAAAUUGUUUUACAACUGAUUUUAAUCUAUUUCGCAUUUGUAUAUAGUUAAACAAUAUUAGAAGAGACUUCGGUGUGAGAUGUUAUCGAAUUGUAUCUAAAAAAUUUAUUGCAACACGUUACAUUUACGUCGUUAGAAGCAAAGUUAUUUGAUGCAAUGGAAUGCAUAUUUUGAAUUGCCAAUUUGUGAUUACGACCAAUUUAUCUGCGCGGAAAGAGAGAGAGAGAAAGAGAGCGACUGUUUUGGAAUUUCGACUUACGGCCUCGUGCAAGCAAGAAUGUCUGAGAGACUAAAUUCGACGAUACUUCAUGCACUAUUAUCCCUUCCUGUGUAUCUCUUGGGUGAAAGCUGAAACGCCGUAGAAACGCGGUUGCAUGUUAUAAAGUUUUACACGGAUAUCGAUUAGAUGUAAGCGAGAAGGUCGAUUUGUUAAAUUUUGUACGACAGUAAUUUUGUGAAUCGCGCGCAUCCGAUGUUCGUUGUAACGAGGAUCGAAUUGCAAAUAAACGAUAUCUCGAAACUGGAGAUAUGCUACCUCAGAGGAAGCGUUCCUAUAUUUCAAUAUAGGUACGUACAUACAUACGUGCGGCGAAAUUCGCAUCACGAGAGAAAAUGUAAUCGACGGACUGGAUUUAUCUUCUCAUCGUGAUAGGUAAAGCUAUUGAAGGCCUUUUCUUCAUAUAGAUUUAUUCUUAUUCAUAAUUAUAUAAUCGGCAUUAAGAUGCAAAUAUUCUGUUAUAAUUAAUGAAUAAUGAAUGUUAUUCAUUAACAAUAGCAGAAUUAGCAAAAAAUGUGUGAAAACGAAUUGGGUUUUUGAAGACAUGUGGUAUAAAUGUGGUAUAAAUACAAAUGACACUAUAUAUACAUACACAUAUAUAUAUAUAUAUAUAUAUAUAUAUAUAUAUAUAUAUAUAUAUAUAUAUAUAUAUAUAUAUAUAUAUAUUUAUAACAAUUUUCACACAUUUGCUUUACAAUAAAUACUAGUUUUCAAGAAAAUUAUUUGAGAGCAUUAAUCUUUUACGCUCCUCCACAUAAAAAAAAAAUUAAAUUGUAUAUAUACAUUACGUAUAUAUAGAGAAUUAAACAAUUUUUAAUUAUAUGUUAAUAUUUUAAAGAAUAAAUUUAGAGUACGUGUGUAUACUAUUUCCUGUUAUAAUACUUGAUAAAAUUUUAAAGUAUUGAAUAAUUCUUCUCUUACUCUUUUUUAAUCUUCCGCUAAUCAAGCAAUUUUAUAAAAAUAUAUUAUUAAAUUAAAAACUAAACAUUACAUGUUACAUGAAGAGAAUGCGAAUUUCAGCCGUGCGAUAAACACAAGCGAUUAACAAAUCUCGAAAUUAAGGAUUGUAGAACAUAUGUAUAUUAUAUACCUAUAAAUGUACAUUUGAAUAAUUGUGAUACUUGGAAAUAAGUAGGUACGUUUUUGCUGUA